ACCCGCCACAUCUCGAGAUACGCGUUGCUGCAACCCUUCCCAUCACGACUCAGUGAGGGUGAAGCCGCAUCCAUCCAUCCGCCUUCGUCUUCCCGGGGUGCUUGUGUCACGCGCCGCUUAGCUCGCGCGUCCCCCUCACCAUCCGCCUCGGGCGACCGAGUCUGGGUCGCGUACAGCACUCCUAAGGUCUAUACCUUGAGAGCUUCAUCCGUGUACGCUCCUUGACAUCGACCGACGCGCCAAAUCCCACGCUGAGAAUGUCGUCGAUACCUCCCCCGCCCCCGGGCUGGUCAGCCCCUCCUCCGCCCGGCGCGCCGCCGGGCAUGUCUGCGCCGCCACCCCCAGGUUACCGCCCGCCUGCCGACCCGCAAGUCGCGAAGUUCGCACAGAAGAAGAAAGAAUGGCUGCGGCUGCAGAGGCAGCGCUUUGGUGAGAAGCGCAAGGGUGGUUUUGUAGAGACGCAGAAGGCCGACAUGCCGCCUGAGCAUCUGCGCAAGAUUGUCAAGGAUAUCGGCGAUGUGUCGCAGAAGAAAUUCAGCAGCGACAAGCGCAGCUACCUGGGUGCGCUCAAGUUCAUGCCACACGCCGUGUUGAAGUUGCUGGAGAACAUGCCGAUGCCUUGGGAGAGCCAGCGCGACGUCAAGGUCUUAUAUCACGUCAAUGGCUGUUUGACGCUGGUCAACGAGAUUCCUCGUGUCAUUGAACCGGUUUUCCAUGCGCAGUGGGCAACGAUGUGGGUGUGCAUGCGUAGGGAGAAGAGUGAUCGGAGGCAUUUCAAGCGCAUGCGGUUUCCCCCAUUCGAUGACGAGGAGCCGCCGCUUUCUUGGUCGGAAAACAUCGAGGAUGUCGAACCCUUGGAGCCGAUCCAGAUGGAGCUCGACGAGAACGAAGAUGGUCCGGUUUACGAGUGGUUCUACGAUCACCGGCCUCUUUUGGAUACCCCGCAUGUCAAUGGCCCCAGCUACAAGACCUGGAACCUCACGCUGCCGCAGAUGGCUACUCUCUACCGUCUCAGUCAUCAGCUGCUGAGCGAUGUGGUAGAUAAGAACUACUUUCACAUGUUCGAUCUCAACAGCUUCUUCACCGCAAAGGCCUUGAACGUGGCUAUUCCCGGCGGUCCUAGAUUUGAGCCAUUGUACAAGGAUGUGGACCCGAACGACGAAGACUUCGGCGAAUUCAAUGCAAUUGACCGCAUAAUUUUCCGCGCGCCGAUCCGGACGGAGUACCGCGUCUCUUUCCCCUUCCUCUACAAUUCUCUGCCAAGAAGCGUGAAGCUUUCUUGGUACUCACACCCCCAAACUGUCUACGUACGCGCCGAGGACCCGAGCUUGCCCGCCUUUUAUUUCGACCCUGUCAUUAAUCCUAUUUCCUCUCGUUCCGUUGCGCCGAAGAACAUUACUGUUUCUCAUGAAGAUGAGAUAUUUGGGCCCGAGGAUGAAGAUGAGUUUGAGAUGCCGGGUGAGGUUGAGCCGUUUUUGGCAGAUGAGGAACUCUACACGGAUGAUACCUCUUCCGCCAUUGCUCUGUGGUGGGCGCCCUAUCCCUUCGAUCGCAGGUCCGGUCGUAUGGUCCGCGCUCAGGACGUGCCGCUAGUCAAGCAGUGGUACCUUGAGCACGUUCCGCAGGGCCAGCCGGUCAAGGUUCGGGUUUCCUACCAGAAGCUCCUCAAGAGCUUUGUUCUCAACGAGUUACACAAGAAGACACCCAAGGCUCUGAACAACCAGAACCUCAUGAGGUCGCUUAAAUCUACUAAGUUCUUCCAGCAGACCACCAUCGAUUGGGUCGAAGCGGGUCUUCAGGUCUGCAGACAAGGUUUCAACAUGCUGAACCUUCUCAUUCACCGCAAGAACCUUACCUACCUCCAUCUUGACUACAACUUCAAUUUGAAGCCCAUCAAGACGUUGACGACCAAGGAACGCAAGAAGUCACGUUUCGGAAAUGCGUUCCAUCUAAUGCGUGAGAUCCUCCGCUUGACGAAGCUCAUCGUCGACGCUCAAGUGCAGUACCGUCUUGGCAACAUUGAUGCUUUCCAACUUGCAGAUGGUAUCCUCUACGCCUUCAACCACGUCGGUCAGUUGACCGGUAUGUACAGGUACAAGUACAAGCUCAUGCACCAGAUCCGGUCCUGUAAGGAUCUUAAGCACUUGAUCUACUACAGGUUCAACUCUGGCCCUGUGGGCAAGGGUCCUGGUUGCGGUUUCUGGGCGCCUGCGUGGAGAGUUUGGCUCUUCUUCAUGAGAGGUAUCAUUCCCCUUUUGGAGCGCUGGCUCGGCAACCUCCUUUCUCGUCAGUUCGAGGGUCGUCAUAGCAAGGGUGUCGCGAAGACCGUGACUAAGCAGCGUGUUGAGUCUCAUUUCGAUCUUGAACUGCGUGCUUCCGUCAUGGCCGACUUGAUGGACAUGAUGCCCGAGGGUAUCAAACAGAACAAGGUCAACACUGUGCUUCAACAUCUGUCGGAGGCCUGGCGUUGCUGGAAGAGUAACAUCCCAUGGAAGGUGCCUGGCUUGCCUGCCCCGAUUGAGAACAUCAUCCUCCGAUACGUCAAGAGCAAGGCGGACUGGUGGGUCUCUGUUGCUCACUACAACCGUGAGCGUAUCCGGAGAGGCGCGACUGUCGACAAGACUGUCGCUAAGAAGAACUUGGGUCGACUCACUCGUCUGUGGUUGAAGGCUGAGCAGGAACGCCAGCACAACUACAUGAAGGACGGUCCGUACGUCUCUUCUGAGGAAGCUGUCGCCAUUUACACGACUACUGUUCACUGGCUUGAGUCUCGGAAAUUCCAGCCCAUUCCCUUCCCCAGUGUUUCCUACAAGCAUGAUACCAAGAUCCUGAUCCUUGCUCUGGAACGCCUGCGGGAGGCAUACUCGGUUAAGGGACGUCUGAACCAGAGCCAGAGAGAAGAGUUGGCCCUCAUUGAGCAAGCCUACGACUCUCCUGGCACGACUCUUGCUCGGAUCAAGCGUUUCUUGUUGACGCAGCGUGCUUUCAAGGAGGUCGGCAUCGACAUGAACGACAACUACAGCAACAUCAACCCCGUGUACGAUAUCGAGCCUAUCGAGAAGAUCACGGAUGCCUACCUCGAUCAAUACUUGUGGUACCAGGCUGAUCAGCGCCAUCUCUUCCCGGCUUGGAUUAAGCCUUCCGACUCGGAAGUGCCCCCUCUCCUGACCUAUAAGUGGGCUCAGGGUAUCAACAACCUUGACAAGGUCUGGGAGUACCAGGAUGGCGAAUGCAACGUCAUGAUCGAAACUCAGCUGUCUAAGGUCUACGAGAAGAUUGAUAUCACCUUGCUCAACCGUCUGCUGCGUUUGAUCAUGGACCACAACUUGGCUGAUUACAUCACCUCUAAGAACAACGUCCAGCUCAACUACAAGGACAUGAACCACACCAACAGCUAUGGUAUGAUUCGUGGUCUUCAGUUCUCGGCGUUCGUUUUCCAGUACUACGGCCUCGUCCUCGACUUGCUCUUGCUUGGUCUGCAGCGUGCCAGCGAGAUCGCUGGUCCGCCAGGCGCUCCCAAUGACUUCUUGCAAUUCCGCGAUCGGGCCUCGGAAACCAGGCACCCAAUCAGGCUGUACACCCGUUACAUCGAUAAGAUCUGGGUGUUCUUCAGGUUCACCGCCGACGAGUCGCGUGAUUUGAUUCAGCGCUUCCUGACGGAGAACCCUGACCCCAACUUUGAGAACGUCAUCGGCUACAAGAACAAGAAGUGCUGGCCUCGCGACUCCCGUAUGCGCUUGAUGCGGCACGACGUCAACCUUGGUCGCGCUGUCUUCUGGGACUUGAAGAACCGCCUGCCUCGUUCGGUGACGACUAUUGAGUGGGAUGACACUUUUGCCAGUGUCUACAGCAGAGACAAUCCCAACUUGCUGUUUUCCAUGUGCGGUUUCGAGGUCCGUAUUCUGCCGAAGAUCCGCAACCUUACCGACGAGUUCCCGGUGAAGGACAGUGUAUGGUCGCUGGUGGACAACACCACCAAGGAGAGGACCGCCCAUGCGUUCUUGCAGGUUACGGAAGAGGAUAUUCAAAAGUUCAACAACCGCAUCAGGCAGAUCUUGAUGUCCUCUGGUUCUACCACUUUCACCAAGAUCGCCAACAAGUGGAACACCAGCCUUAUUGCCCUAUUCACUUACUACCGUGAGGCUGCUGCGUCUACGGUUAACUUGCUGGAUACCAUCGUCAAGUGCGAGACCAAAAUCCAGACUCGCGUCAAGAUUGGUCUUAACUCUAAGAUGCCCUCUCGUUUCCCGCCUGCAGUUUUCUACACGCCAAAGGAGUUGGGAGGUCUUGGUAUGAUUUCUGGAUCCCACAUUUUGAUUCCUGCGAGCGACAAGCGAUGGUCCAAGCAAACGGAUACCGGCGUCACUCAUUACCGCGCCGGUAUGUCUCACGACGAAGAGACGCUGAUUCCCAACAUCUUCCGUUACAUCAUUCCUUGGGAGGCCGAGUUCAUUGACUCUCAGCGUGUCUGGACCGAGUACUCGCAGAAGCGUCUUGAAGCCAACCAGCAGAACCGGCGUUUGACUCUGGAGGACCUUGAGGACAGCUGGGACCGCGGUUUGCCCCGUAUCAACACGCUGUUCCAAAAGGACCGCAGCACGCUCAGCUUCGACAAGGGUUUCCGUGCCCGUACCGAGUUCAAGAUUUACCAGCACAUGAAGAGCAAUCCGUUCUGGUGGACUAGCCAGCGCCAUGAUGGUAAACUCUGGAACUUGAAUGCUUACCGUACGGACGUAAUCCAGGCCCUUGGUGGUGUUGAAACCAUUCUUGAACACACGCUGUUCAAGGCUACCGCAUUCCCCUCUUGGGAGGGUCUCUUCUGGGAGAAGGCAAGCGGUUUCGAAGAGUCCAUGAAGUUCAAGAAGUUGACCAAUGCUCAACGGUCCGGUUUGAACCAAAUCCCCAACCGUCGGUUCACCUUGUGGUGGUCCCCCACCAUCAACCGUGCCAACGUCUACGUUGGUUUCCAGGUCCAGCUUGAUCUUACUGGUAUUUUCUUGCACGGCAAGAUCCCCACCCUCAAGAUCUCCCUGAUCCAGAUCUUCCGUGCCCAUUUGUGGCAGAAGAUCCACGAGUCUGUCGUCAUGGAUAUGUGCCAGGUCUUCGAUCAGGAGCUGGAGGCCCUCGGCAUUGAGACUGUCCAGAAGGAGACGAUUCACCCGAGAAAGUCUUACAAGAUGAACAGCUCUUGUGCCGACAUCCUGCUCUUUGCUAGCCACAAGUGGAGUGUCUCUCCCCCUUCGCUGCUUUACGAUACGAAGGACACGAUGACGGCUACGACUACGAAUAAGUUCUGGGUCGACAUUCAGCUCCGUUACGGGGACUACGAUUCGCACGACAUUGAACGUUACGUCCGUGCCAAGUACCUCGACUACACCACCGACAGCAUGUCUAUCUAUCCGUCCCCCACUGGUCUGAUGAUUGGUGUUGACUUGGCUUACAACUUGUACUCUGCAUACGGCCAGUACUUCCCUGGUCUGAAGCAGCUGGUUCAGCAGGCGAUGGCCAAGAUCAUGAAGGCAAACCCUGCCUUGUAUGUCCUGCGUGAGCGUAUCCGGAAGGGUCUGCAGCUCUACGCAUCCGAGAGCAACCAGGAGUUCCUCAACUCGCAGAACUACUCGGAGCUCUUCAGCAACCAGGUUCAGCUCUUCAUUGACGACACCAACGUCUACCGUGUCACCAUCCACAAGACGUUCGAGGGUAACCUGACGACGAAGCCCAUCAACGGUGCUAUUUUCAUUUUCAACCCUCGUACUGGUCAGCUGUUCCUGAAGAUCAUCCACACCAGUGUAUGGGCCGGUCAAAAGCGUCUUGGACAAUUGGCCAAGUGGAAGACCGCUGAAGAAGUCGCGGCUCUCAUCCGUUCUUUGCCAGUGGAAGAGCAACCUAAGCAGCUCAUCGUCACCAGAAAGGGUCUGCUUGAUCCUCUCGAGGUUCACUUGCUCGAUUUCCCCAACAUUUCCAUCCGUGCUUCGGAGCUGCAAUUGCCGUUCCAGGCUGCGAUGAAGGUCGAGAAGUUGGGUGACAUGAUCCUUCGCGCCACGGAACCUCAGAUGGUGCUUUUCAACCUGUACGAUGAAUGGUUGAAGACCAUAUCGUCUUACACGGCAUUCUCCAGGUUGAUCUUGAUCCUGCGUGCUCUCCACGUCAACCAGGACAAGACCAAGCUUAUCCUGCGUCCUGACAAGACCGUCAUCACCCAGGAGCAUCACAUCUGGCCCACGCUGUCCGACGAAGAUUGGAUCAAGGUCGAAGUCCAGUUGCGUGAUCUGAUCUUGAACGACUAUGGCAAGAAGAACAACGUCAACACCUCGAGCUUGACCAGCAGCGAAGUUCGAGAUAUCAUUCUGGGUAUGGAGAUCAGUGCGCCCUCGAUGCAACGUCAACAGGCCGCCGAGAUCGAGAAGCAGCAGCAAGAGCAGCAACAGCUCACUGCUGUGACCACCAAGACUCAGAACGUGCACGGCGAAGACCUCGUUGUGACCACGACGUCGCAAUACGAACAAGCAACCUUCGCCUCCAAGACCGAGUGGCGUACUCGUGCCAUCGCGACCAGCAACCUCCGGACGCGCGCCAACAACAUCUACAUCAGUUCGGAGGACAUUCAGGAGGACGACCACUACACGUACAUCAUGCCCAAGAACGUCCUGAAGCGUUUCAUCACGAUCGCCGACCUUCGCGUUCAAGUUGCCGGUUACCUUUACGGUAGCUCGCCACCCGACAAUGACCAAGUCAAGGAGAUCCGCACGAUUGUCAUGAUCCCGCAGGUGGGCAACACGCGCGACGUGCAGCUGCCUCACCAGCUGCCGCAGCACGAGCACCUGAAGAACAUGGAACCGCUGGGUAUAAUCCACACGGUCUCGGGCAAUGAGCUCAACUACAUGAGCUCCCAGGACGUGACGCAGCACGCGCGCCUCAUGAAUGCGCACUCGUCGUGGGACAAGAAGACGGUCACGAUGACGGUGUCGUUCACGCCCGGCUCGGUGUCGCUGUCUGCAUGGGCUCUGACGCCGCAAGGCUACAAGUGGGGCGCGGAGAACAAGGACACGACGUCGGACGCGCCGGCGGGCUUCUCGUCGUCGUUCGGCGAGAAGUGCCAGCUGCUGCUGUCGGACAAGAUCCGCGGCUACUUCCUGGUGCCGGAGACGGGUGUGUGGAACUACAGCUUCAUGGGCAGCGGGUUCGGGUCGGUGGAGAAGAAGCCGGUCGAGGUCAAGAUAGACACGCCGCGCGGCUUCUACGACGACAUUCAUCGCCCGAUUCACUUUAUUAACUUUGCGGAGCUGGAGGAUAUUUGGGUGGAUCGGCAGGACAACUUUGAGUAGUUGUUGGUGGUGGUGGUCUUGUUGUGAGUGGGCGAGCGUGCUGCUUCUUCUUUGGCGUCUGGCUGGUUACGGCAGAAAUUGUACUUUACGGAAGCGAAGCUACACAUGGUUGGUGAAGUAAAAGGAUUCGUGGUCUUGUAUGGUAUAUAGGCAUU